GUCAGACUUCAGCAGAAUGCAGAAUGCAGAAUCAGAAUGGACAACAUUUUAUUUAGGUUAUGUUGAUGAUAUGAUAAAUUGAUUUUUGAUAGCUUAACUUAGGCCUAAUGUAAAUUUUUUGUUAGCAAGGUCGAUAUUUUUCGUGUAUAAGAAAACUGCUGAAUGCCGACACCCAUGAUUAAUUCAUAAGCCUAUUUCAGUUUUAAAAUUAUAUAAAAGCUCUUUUAUGAAGUUGCUUAAGCUUUUUGAAAGGCUCUAAGGCCAUGAUCACAGUAUGAGAGAAAUAUGUUUGUUGUGGUCAAACCUGUAACCAGACGUAUGAGGAGACUCUCCAGAUUGCCUCUAGGACACUUUAAGGCCAUAACAAAUGUUCAGCAAAUAUACACCUGUAAAGUUGAAAAUGUACGCACAAAAGAUAUUCAAGUCCCAGUAUCAGCACCCCCUCCUGGGUCCCAAGAUAUUCUACUUCAAAAUAUUAAAGCAGCUAAAAACAGCAUCGAUGUCCUCAACUCUGUCAACCGGCAUCUUGCCAUUAUGAAUACUACUCAUGUUGUCCAUGCCUUGAAAUCACUUUUUCAUUUACAAAAGUCCCAAAGUUCACAGAUAUCAAAUGGGGAAGUGUUGAGCAAUCAAGACUUUCGUAAUCUCUGCAAUGUUCUCAAGUCUCAAAUUCGCCAUUUAGAACUGAGUGAUCUCAUUGAAACAGUCAAGUGUUUGGGGUAUCUAGGAGUAUCCUCAGAUUCUAAAGUGAUGAAUGUUACUCUGGGAUUGAUCUCCAAGCAAGUCAACGAUCUAUCGUUGCAGCAGAUCACAUUUCUGGACUUUGUAAUGGCAGAUUUCAAACAAACACCGCUAGUGAAAGCUUUGAAAAUCGCCCUUCCUAUUGUAUUUGAGGCUAGCUUGCAAACAAGAUGCAACUUUGAUAACAUCUCAUUAAUGACGGACCUUUUAUUUUUUGUUUACAAGAGAAAACAUUUAGGAAAAAGCUAUGACAUAUUACUUGAUGCUCUAAUUGAAAAAAGACAUCAAUUCACUCUCAAAGAUGCAAAAAGUAUAGUUUUAUGCAUCACUGAAUCAAAGCAUUAUAAUGACAAUAACCACCUUCUUCUGCAUCAUUCACUUGAUCACAUAUCAGAUUCAAUCCGUAAAAUAGAUUUUUAUGAACUAGAAAACAUACUCUACAAACUCUGCAAACGAUUUGUUGAAUCAAACAAUGACACGUGUUACUACCAUGAGGAAUUUUGUAACGCUUGUGCUGAGAUGGUAAUUGAAAACAAUUAUGGAUUUGAACAAACAACUUGGAUUUUGAAAAAGCUAAUUAAAUUUAACCACUGUCAUCUACCUCUGCUACAACACAUGUCAGUAAAGGUAGAGAAGGAGCCGUGGCUGCUAGAGCAGAAUGGAGCAGCAGGACUCAUCUUCUUUCUCAGUGGCUUCUCUGUAGCAGACUACAAGCCAUCCAACUGGGACCGCAUCAAGCCUCUGGUGGUCAAAGCUUGUCAGGGAUUGAUGGAUCGCUCUGAACUACCUUGGCUAAAAGUGGUUUUGGAUUUAUGCAUCAUGGAUGUGUGGGCUGAAGAAUUCAUUGAGAAAGUAUUCAGCAGGGAAUUCUUGAAUUCCUUCAUGGUUAGAGAUUACAACAAGCUGGACGGUUUCCAGCUGUUGAGCCUGGACCAGGUGUCGGCUACUUUGUCUCCUUGGCCUAUCAAGCCUCGAGCUCCAGCUGAUAUUGUUGCUCCUAUUGUACAACAAAUAGGCACGCAUCUGACAAACUUCUGUCUCCACUUGCCUCUGCAACAUGGCCUAGGAGGCCCGGAGUACGUCCACACUGGGGUCUUAUCUCCCCUCGGUCACUUCCUAGAUCAUGUGGUCGUCAUGCGAAAAGGAGGUUAUCCAGUUGCUAUAAACAUGGAGUCGGCUGAGAAAAAAGAAAGAGUUAAAACAGAGGACAUUCUUGUACCACCAGACGCCAAAUUGAUAGCUGUGUUGUAUGUACCCACUUCAAUGUGUGCUACGAACAGUGAACGGGUCCGAGGACUGUUCAGAAUCCAAGUCAACACCAUUGAAGCUCUUGGUAUUCCUGUUUGCACCAUUCUUCAGCCUCUAUGGAAAUCACUGCCAGAUUUUGAACGUAUCCCUUAUCUUAUGAGAGCCAUCAGGGAGAAACUUCCGUCAGAUGAGAAGACAACAGUAAUUAGUCCAUUUUAGUUAAGUAUAGAAAUUAAUAGGUACUGUAAAACAUGUUGUGUAUAAAUAAUGUAAUAAAUAACCAUGGUAAUGAAAAUUGUAUUUCCCUCAACUAAUACAUUGCAUUCUAAAAUAUUUAAAUGGCAUUCCAGAUGCAUUUAACACUAAUACCGAGACUCUACUUCGGCUGACGUUAACCGAAACCCCCGGUCUGUGAGACCCCGCUUUAAAAUACACUUUAAAAUAACGCUGAGCUUCUGAGACAGACAUGUUAUGAACAGGCAACCUGUCAAGGUCACGGCACCCAUGCAAUAUGAACAAACAAUAUAUCAAUAGGUAGGGGAGGAAAAGGGGGAAGGUAUUGGGGGAAUGGAAUCUCCCAAGUAAACAGUGUUGCCAACAUGUGUUUUUGAAAAUUCCUGUGGGCCUGUCAGACCGGGGUUUCGGUAUUAGUGUUAAUUAAAUUCAAAAGUUCUGUAUUCAUUAUUUGUGACGACACUCCAGUCUUUGUCCUGUAAGAUGUUAAGAGUGAAAUGGUUAUUUUUGUAACUAGUGGGCGAAAUGGCAGCAAAGGCAGUUUGUACUCAUGUUACACAUUAUAUUUGUCCUCCUAGAGUUACUAUCUAUAUAUAUAAAAUCCAAUGUAUGUUUGUUUGUUUAUUUGUUUGUCCUUUGUGGACUCCGAAACCGCUCGACAGAUUGUAAUGAAACUUUCAGGCAUCUUAUCUUAUCUUAUCUAACAGGGGCAGGUCGAGACCAUAAAGCACUUCAUCCGAAAUUGAAUUAUUGCGCACCCCAGACAAUUGCUUUCUUGUUGACCUACAAGUUAAGGCGCCCAAUGAAUGCCUGUAGCUUCCCAAUUAGUUCAUCCUCAGGAAGGUAUUUACCUCUAGCCAUAUUUCCAAGAGUUAUCAAUCUAGCGUCAGAGAGCUCGUUACAAUCAAAGAGUAAGUGAUCAGCUGUCUCUUCUGACCUAUCACAGUACCUACAGAUCGGUUCACCAUCAUAUAAGCCCAUCCGUUGUAAAUGUUUCCUGAAUCUUCAAUGGCCAGUUAUCAGUUCAACAGUUAAUUUAAUUCUUCGUCUGUCUAGUCUCAAGAGGUCAGAGGCGACCUUUUUAGAAGGCCUAAACAGAGUAAGCUUGCUGACCCUAAGAAGGGGAACAUCGACCCAGCGUUUGCGAUGCUUUUCCUUGGCCCAUGACGCAAUCGAAGAACAUGCACUGUUUCGUGAGAUGCCUCAGAAGGGUUGUGGGCCUAUCAUUGAUGUCGCAGAGGCAGUAUUUGCCAAUCUGUCUGCAGCUUCAUUACCUUUAAUGCCUGAGUGUCCUGGCACCCAGCAAAGCGUAAGGUCAUUUCUCCUACCCAACUCAGACACAGAAGCAAGACAGUCCCACACGAGCCUGGAGUUGAAUUCGUAAGAGUUUAAUGCUUUUAAGGUCGCUUGGCUAUCAGUAUAGAUAUUGAUUGUUUUGUCUCUGAUAUCUUUGUUAAGAUGGUCUCGAGCACAAACCAGAAUGGCAGUGACCUCUGCUUGAAAAACAGUUGGGUACACCCCCAUUGGAAGACAAAUGCCAGUGCCUCCUUUCUCCAAUGCACACCUGCUCCAGUGCCCCCAUUUUUGAUCUUAGAACCAUCAGUAUAGCAUUCUAAAUCACCUGCGGGUAUGGGUCCUUUUCCGCCAGACCAAUCCUUCCUAUCUGGUAUUAGUACUUUGAAAGGCUUUCCAAAGGAGUAUUUUUUGGACAUGUGAUCUGAAGGCAAGUCCAAUUCAUCAUUAUGUACCACCUGAACAAUUUUGGAGUGCCCUUUAUUGUUUCCUGAGGUUAUCCAUAAGUUUUCGCAUCUAAGGCGUUGGGCUGUUUUACUUGCUACCACCUUGAUGUAAAUGUCGAUAGGUAGCAUAUCAAGCAGACAGUCUAGAGCCGCUCCAGGACAGCUGCUUACUGCCCCAGUUAUCAUUAUAAGAGCAAGCCUCUGAACUCCUGCUAAAGCUUUGACAGCUAUAGUAGAUUCCAUCUUUGGCCACCACACAAGCGAACCAUAAGUAAGGGCGGGUCGAACAACAGAUACAUACAGCCAGUGCAAAAGUUUAGGCUGUAACCCCCAUGUGCCACUUACCAUCCGCCUGCAUGCCAUAAGGGACCAUUUGCCACGCUGAGUGACUUUUUGAAGAUGUGGUCCCCAGUGAAGUGAUCUGUCCAAAAUUACACCCAGAUACUUCACCUGAUUCUGCAGCUCUGUUACAGUGCCCUGCAGUCUUAGUGGACCGAUCCCAUCCAGUUUCCUCCUUCUUGUGAAGGGUACCAUUACAACUUUCCUGGGACUCCUGGGAGCCCAACUUCCUGGCACCAACGGUCCACUACCCUUAAAGCUCUAUUCAUAAGGUCAGUUAUGGUUCCGUGGAACUUUCCAACCACAAGGAUUGCAACAUCAUCAGCGUAACCUAAGGCGAAAACCCCACUUUCAUUGAGGGUCCUUAUAA